AUGCUCACCGCCCGCCCCCCGCCACUGCUCUCUUCCCGCAGGACGGAGCGGGAUGCCUCCAACUGGUCCACGGAACGGCUUAAAACUCUCCUCCUGCCUGUCAGGGUGGAGGGUGAGGAGGGGGCCUGCGAGGUGACAGAAGUGAGCAAAUUGGAUGGAGAAGCCUCAAUUAAUAACCGCAAAGGGAAACUAAUCUUCUUCUAUGAGUGGGCUAUUAAGCUGGCAUGGACCGGCACCUCAAAGACAGGAGUGAAGUAUAAAGGGUAUGUGGAGAUUCCUAAUCUCUCGGAUGAAAAUGACAUUGAUGAAGUUGAGAUCCUUGUCAGCCUUGCUAAAGAUGAGCCUGACACUAACUUGAAGACCCUGAUGAAGCAAGAGGGUACAAAAAAAAUAAGAGAUGCAAUGAAAACUUACAUCAGCACUCUCAAAACAGAAUUCACCCAGGGCAUGAUUUUGCCCACAAUGAAUGGUGAGCAUAUGGAAACAACACCUCAGGUGGCACCUAAAGCAGAAGACCGCAAGACCGCUGCUAGCAGCAGUACAGCAACAUCACAGUCCAAAUCAAUAGGAGUCAAGAUUCCUACAUGUAAGAUCAGCUUAAAAGACACCUUCUUAACAUCUCCUGAGGAGCUCUAUCGAGUGUUUGUUACUCAGGAGAUGGUCCAAGCUUUCACCCACGCACAAGCAGCCUUGGAGGCUGAUAAAGGAGGCAAGUUUCAGUUGCUGGAUGGCAGCGUCACAGGAGAGUUUGUUGACCUAGUCCCUGAGAAGCAACUUAUUAUGAAGUGGAGAUUUAAAUCUUGGCCAGCUGGGCACUUUGCAACAAUUACCUUGAACUUCACUGACAAAGGUGGUGAGACAGAAGUGUGUUUGGAAGGCAAGGGCGUUCCUGCCAGUGAGGAGGAAAGAACAAAGCAAGGCUGGCAGCGCUACUACUUUGAGGGCAUUAAACAGACAUUUGGUUAUGGCGCCCGCUUGUUUUAACAUUGGUUGCUGGGAAGGCUCUGCUCAGAGACUCUGCCGCACGGACUGAUACAUUUCUCACUUGUCCCUUUCUAAUCUUGGUCCUCUGCUGGGAAGAGUGGGAUGACAGAUAAGGCCAUUGAGCAGCGCCACUUUCAGUCCCUCACUGCUUUGUGCAUGUCUCGUGCUGCAGGGGAUUCUCUUACGUGUACAUACUUCUAUUCCUAAAUAAACCUAACUUAAAAAAAA